CUUUCCCCCCCUUCCAGUCCGGACACUUCCCCCCCCUUCCAGUCCGGACACUUUCCCCCCUUCCAGUCUGGACACUUUCCCCCCCUUCCAGUCCGGACACUUUCCCCCCUUUCCAGUCCGGACACUUCCCCCCCCCCUUCCAGUCCGGACACUUUCCCCCCUUCCAGUCCGGACACUUUCCCCCCCUUCCAGUCCGGACACUUUCCCCCCCUUCCAGUCCGGACACUUUCCCCCCCCAUUCCAGUCCGAACACUUCCCCCCCCUUCCAGUCCGGACACUUUCCCCCCCUUCCAGUCCGAACACUUUCCCCCCCUUCCAGUCCAGACACUUUCACCCCCCCAGUUCCAGUCCGGACACUUUUCACCCCCUUCC